CUGAAUGUUUCAAAGAAAAGCAAAAAUCUUCAUUACGCCAUCUUGAAUAACGGGAAUAGUACGUAUCUUUAAGUGGACGCCCGUAAAUUUGCUGAUUUUGCUGAAUUUUUACAUUUUCAAAACAUCUGAAACAAUGAAUCGACGCCCUGGACGUGAUAAUCGUAUGGACCGUGGUGGUCGUGGUGGCGGAGGCCCAUCGGGAUCAAUGCGUCGCAAUGACCGUGACGCUGGUAGAGGUGAUAAACGUUUCGAUCGUCAGGAGAAAAACGGAGAGAACCUGCAACCAAUCCGUUGGGAUCAGGAGAAAUUGGAACCGUUUCAAAAGAAUUUUUUUAAUCCCGCCAGCUCUGUAUUGGAUCGAUCACGAGCUGAUGUAGGCCAGUAUCUUGGCAAAAAUGAGAUUACCGUGAUUGGGAAGAAUAUUCCCGGCCCGAUAUUGACCUUUGAAGAGAGUGGUUUUCCGAAAUGUUUUCAGGACGAAAUGAGCCAUCAAGGAUUUCAGGAACCAACUCCAAUCCAAGGAAUCGGUUGGUCAAUUGCUACUAGUGGCAGGGAUAUGGUUGGUAUAGCGAAAACUGGCAGCGGCAAAACUUUGGCCUACAUCCUGCCUGCUUUGAUCCAUAUAAGCAACCAGGGUAGACUUCUACGCGGCGAUGGCCCGAUUGCUUUGGUACUGGCUCCGACGCGUGAGCUCGCUCAGCAGAUUCAGCAAGUUUGCAAUGAUUUCGGUCGUCGGAUGAGUAUUAUGAACACUUGUAUAUUUGGGGGUGCUUCCAAGCAUCCUCAAGCGGAUGACUUGCGGCGUGGUGUUGAAAUCGUGAUCGCUACUCCGGGGCGAUUGAUUGAUUUCCUUGAAAGUGGAACAACCAAUCUACGGCGCACCACGUACUUGGUGCUGGACGAAGCCGAUCGAAUGUUGGACAUGGGCUUCGAACCACAGAUUAGAAAAAUUAUUUCACAGGUUCGUCCUGAUCGGCAGGUUCUCAUGUGGUCUGCUACUUGGCCGAAGGAAAUUCGUAAGCUAGCAGAGGAAUUUUUACGCGACUAUAUUCAAAUCAACGUCGGUUCACUCAACUUGGCUGCAAACGAGAACAUCUUGCAGAUAAUUGAUUGCUGUCAGGAGUAUGAAAAACAAGAUCGAUUGUUCAAGUUGUUGAGUCAACUGUCGCAGCAGGGUCAUCUGAAAUCGAUCGUUUUCGUCGAAACCAAGCGUAAAGUUGAUCAGAUAGUUGGUGUCAUCAAGCGAAACGGUUGGAGGUGCGAUGGAAUACAUGGCGACAAAACUCAGAAGGACCGUGAUUUCGUGCUUAAUACGUUCCGCCGAUCAAACAACGGAAUUUUGGUGGCCACCGACGUGGCUUCACGCGGUUUAGAUGUUGACGAUGUCAAGUUUGUCAUCAAUUAUGAUUUUCCGAAUAAUUCGGAAGACUAUAUUCAUCGCAUCGGAAGAACUGGGCGUUCUACUAACAAAGGUACGGCCUACACGUUCUUCACGCCGGCCAAUAGUGCCAAGGCCAAUGAUCUGAUUAAUGUUCUAAAAGAAGCCAACCAAUUUGUUAAUCCUGAACUCGAAGAAUAUGCUCGCCAUGGAGGUGGAGGUCGCAACCGUGGUUUCGGUCGUGGACGUGGCGGUGGUGGUCGCAGUGGAGGCGGAGGUGGCCGUGAUCGCGAUCGUAACAUGAGGAACGAUGGAAAGGGCAGACGAAACGAUGAUUUCCGUAGUGGUGUAGGAGAUGAUCGUGGAGCGAAGUUGGCACGUCGUGAUGAUUACGGUGGAAAUCGUAAUGAUUAUGGCUCUAAAACUGGUAGUAGCUACGGAGGUGGUGCAAGCAGAGAUUCUGGAUUUAAAUCCGGAGGUUACAGUGGUGGAGGUGGUAGUUUUGGAAGUUCUUCCGGUGGCUUUGGAGGAAGUAGCUCUCGCAACGAACCGAAACCUAGCGGAGGAUACGGUAGCGGAGCCGAUAAAUCUGGUGGAUUUGGGAAACCUUCUGAAAAAGCAGGAGGAUAUGGCUCUGAUUCCAGAUCUAGCGGCUUUAGCAGCGCACCUCGCACGCAGAAUGGAACGAGCGGUGGCUUCGUUGGUGGCAGUUUAGCUUACAACAGCGAUGAAAAACGUCUAGGAAGUGUUGCAACUACUCCAAAUUUCAGCAAACCUCCACCAUCGUUUACUGCACCGGUUGGAGGGUUUAGCGCACCGCCCCCUGUUCGUCGUCCGGAAGAGAGAUCGCGUCCGACUUUAUCGAGCACCGUUGGAAGCUCGUUCGGAUCUCUCAGUGGUUUUAAUACGACUAACCCGACUAGCACUUAUCCGGUGCAAACCAAUCAAAGUAGAUCGUAUGGGGUGCGCGGAAGUAUUCCAUCAGUGGUUGGGGGUGGUAUCUAAAAGUAAUAUUAAAAAUACUACAUUUUACUUUGAUAAUCCGUUAGCCUAAGUAAUAUAUCUAUUCAGAUGUGCAUCUAUUUCAAACACACUCGUUCCAAUCUAUACUAUAUUAAGCAGGACAAUUUUUGGCCGAAUGUUCACAUUAAUUUUAUGCUUUAUGAACACCAUACGACCAUAUGGUGUAAUUACUAGAUAAUAAUAUUUGCCACUGACGAAGAUGUGUAGAUCAAGUUUUGUUCAGUAUAAGACAAAUCAUUUCUUUAAUACUAUAUAUAAUUAAUAAAAUAAACUCGUAAAUUCGUGUUUCAAAUGUA